AUGAAUGCGCCUCCGACAUUUGAAUCAUUCCUUCUAUACGAAGGAGAGAAAAAGUAUGUAUUGUAAACCAAUUAAUCAAUUUGGUAGUUUUCGUCGAAAUGAGAUGACAUAUAUGAUUUUUGUUUUAUUUAUAGAAUAAUCAAAGAACAAGACACUAAAGUUCCCAAUGCCGCAAUUUUUACUGUUAAUAAGGAAGAUCAUACCCUAGGAAACAUGAUCCGCAAGUAAGUGCAGUUCUUUUGUAAAUAUCUUAUGAAAAUAAAUGCAUUUUUAUAAUAUAUCAUAGUACAUUAUUAUAAUGAUCUGUACUAUUGUUUAAUAGUCAGUUACUGAAGGAUCCUCAAGUUUUGUUCGCUGGAUACAAAGUUCCACAUCCGUUGGAACACAAGUUUGUGAUUAGAAUUCAAACUACAUCAGACUACACGCCACAUGAAGCAUUUAUGCAUGCUAUUACAGAUCUCAUAGCAGAACUUUCAUUAUUUGAAGAACGUUUUAAGGUAAAGAUUUAAUAUAUAUAUAUAUAAAGUAAAGAUUUAAUAUAUAUAUGUAUUACAAACUGUUAUCCGCUUAUAAUAUUGUAUAUAAUAUUUCAGGAGGCUAUUAAAGAAAAGAAAGAAGGAUUAGAUUAA